UCCUCUACCUUCCCAACCGGGUGUUCGGGCAAAAAGCUUCUCUGAGACAUUAGGUGCUGCGGUGUGACACGGCUAGGAGGGAAGCCAUGAAGGGCCACCUGUGGACAGCCUCGCUGAUCAUGCUGUGCUUAAUGCCAGCUUGUCUGAGGUCGGUGAUCAUCUCAGAGACCAGCACACAGAUGAUCUACAAGGCGAAGGGCGACUCGGUCACACUGUCCUGCACUUACACCCUGGACCCUUCUGAAACUGGAAACCUGGACAUUGAGUGGGCGCUCAUGAACCCGGACAGCACAGCUCCGGACAAAGUGAUUCUCACGUACAUGGACAAAUCCGUUAUCCCCAAAGGCCCCCCUGAGCUGAUGAGUCGACUGGCUUUCAAGGCGGGUGACCCCAGCAUCGGAGAUGCCUCCAUAACCAUCUCUUACCUCGAUGUCUCGGACUCUGGGAUCUAUGGGUGUAAAGUGAAGAAGAACCCUGGGCUGGCAUCAAUAAAGAUCACCAUGGUCGUUCAAGUUUCCCCAUCGAAUCCUCGGUGCUGGAUAGAGGGGGAACAAACCCAAGGCAAAGAUGUGACUCUGAAAUGCAGAUCAGAUGAGGGAUCUUCUCCUCUCACCUACAAGUGGGAGAAGAUAUCUGGACCUACCAACCCCACCACCCCGGUCCUCAACAUGGCUCCCAUGAACGGUGACCUUUUAAUCAAAAACAUCUCCCAGGCGUACGCUGGAACCUACCAGUGCACGGUGGGGAAUACCGUGGGGGUCGGUCAGUGCAAGGUGGACCUCUCGGCAUCAUCCAGUAACAGAGCCGGGAUCAUCGCUGGGGCAGUUAUAGGGGCUCUUCUGCUUCUCCUGCUCCUCUUACUGCUUAUCUGGUGCAUUAUCUGCUGCUGUAACAAGAGGCGCUACGAAAAGGAGCUGGCCAACGACAUCAGAGAGGACGUCCGUGCACCUCCCAGCAACACCAACAGCCGCGCCAGCAGCGUCCGCACGGCCGCCGGGUACAGACCCCAUCACAUCAGUUACUCCCUGCGACGGGCAUAUAGUUCAGCACCCAGAGAGGACCCCAUAACUCCAUCCCAAUCCAGCAGUGAGCCAGUCAAACCCAAAGUGGAGAGUCCUCCACCAUCACCAGAACCAUCUCCAGAACCACUUCUUAUAAUGCCAGAAACCACGCGCCACACGCCAUACAACAUCCAAAGGGUCGGAGGGGUCCCAGUCAUGGUACCGGCACAGAGCCGAGAGGGAUUCAUUGUUUAACAAAGCAGGAGCUGCCAGACUUUUUUGAUCUCUCUAUGAACCUUUCAAUGGACGCUGGUCUUUAAAAUGCUAAAGGCCAAACUUGUACAUCCAUUUUUCAUUUCUUAAGAACAUUUACAGGAAUGUUAUAAAUAUUAGAGGCGCGUGAGAAUAUGUGAACGGUCAGAAGGUGGUCAGCCACCACCAAACCACCUCCAAGCCUCAGCUGAAACAUCUAACUGACCUCCAGAACGUUUGAAGGAAACACUACGCCAAGGCAGAAAACAUCUACAAUUUUAUAUAUUUAGUUAUUAAACUCUUUUACUGUCCGUUUACAAAAAAGAAGAGGAGAAGAAGAACCUCCAAAGUAACUCACACUUACUGCAGGAGAUCCUUCUGAGCUCUGAAGGUCCAUUCUGAAUGUUAGAGGACAUUAUGGAGGUUUGGGCUGCAGCUGUGGGCAUUAUGGGCAGCUGCUUGUUAAUAGGCUGAUUGAAUGCAGUCAUUUAUUUUAAGAUUUAACCCUAAAACAACUUACUGAUUUAAAAUUCAGUGGUACUGGUACUGGUACUGGGGGGGGGGGUGUUAUUUCCGCUACGCAAAAAAAAUCAUUUUGUACUUUUCAAUAGAAGUAUUUCAUGUUUUGGGCAGAAAUGCUCGUUUUGCAAUAAACUUUUCCACAGGAAA